UCUGCAUGGCAAGAGCUCAGAGAUUAAGGGGUUUGUCUGCACCGCUAACAACAAGAAUUGCUUGCAGUUCAUAACUUGCCAAGGAGGAAGGAUGAUUCAGUGGUUUUUAAGUUGGAGUUUUUGCAGAUUUAACAGGUAUUGCUUUGUUGGAAAACAAGAAGUGGACGACCUGUUUUCCUUUAGUUCAUCUGUCCGUGCAGAGCAGUUACAACAAAGUGUGGAGAGAUAGAAACUACCGUCUAAUUGCCUGAGUAAAGGAGCCAGAGGAUGCAGGUGGCAGCAUGGCUUUGCUCUAACUUGUUUGAAGUUUUUUUUUCCCAUGUCAAAGGUGAAGGAUUAUGCCUGGCAUAGGAAUUUAGUCUGAAUGAAGGACUUUAUGAGCUGGAUCUUUAUAACUCAUGGGCAGAAUGUGAACAUUAAUUUGUUACAGGCUUGUUUUGUCAUCGUGUGAAGUGCCAUGCUAUUCCUUAGCAGUGGGACCGUGGAUGCGACCCCAAGAAGCACAGCUGUUUGUGAACAGCAGCAGGGAAACACUGUUUACCACAUCUCUGUAAUCUUGAAUGAAACACUUGGACAUGGACCGGUGUCAGGGCCGGGAAUCGGACGGGUCGCCCACACCCUUGUGGAGAAUUGCCAGCCGCAAGAGAAGAUGAUUAGUGUUGUGCCACUGGAGAAGAGCCCCAGGCUGCGCAAGGCACAGCGGGCGCUCAACAGGUGGCCCUCCCUGAGCAGCACAGGUAGAGCUGCGAGGCAAAGACAGGAGGUGGUUCUAGAGGAGAAUGAGGAGGAGGUGGAGGAGGUGGAGGGAAAAAUGAAGACAGACAGGUUUUUGAAUCACCUCUCUAAGAACCCAGGUAACUCCUCACAGCAAGACACAGACGUGGCAGAGAUAGUCCCUCAGACAAACAUCCAGGAGCAACACACUCAAAGCUCGACGUUUCUUUCUCUCAAUGCCUAUACUAAAGGCAAUUUCUCCAGGGAGGAUGGCACUGUUGCAGGACAUAGUUCUCUGCCCCGGGCCGUGUUGCGAAAGCCACGUCCCGAACGAGCCCCGCGGGGUAGGAAGACGGUGAGCAUGUAUGGAGACUCAAUCAAGCAGCAAAAAGAUUCUCAGCCUGAACAAGAAAGACGGCUGCGGAGGCCCAGGAGUGUUUGCAUGCUGGCAGGCCCAGGCUCAGUCCUGUCAGAUACCCACACCCAGCACCCCUUCAAUAGGGAUGGCGUUUCAGAAAACCAGCAGUUGCGGAGCAGGAGGGCUGAGUUGAGGGCUGUGGAUGGCCUCAAUGCUGUUGUGGCUCAGCGGCCUUUGGUGCCUGCAGAGGUGAUCCCAAGGAUUCGUAAGAGGAACACAACACCCAGGCCUGUCAGUAUGACAGUGCUGGAGCUUAGAAAGAGGGGCUCUGACGAUGAAAUAGACAGCCAGAAGAGCUGCACACAUACUGGCUAUGAUGGAGGAGGCUUUCUCAAAGGGGGCUUCCGAUGGAGGCUUUUUGGAAAAUCACCUCAAGAUAAGAGCAAGGACUGCGAACAAGACGCUAAAUCUACCCCUAAAUCAAGCAAAUCUGAUUCUCCAAGAACUACACUGAGUUCGUUAAGACGGAGCCUCAGUAUGCGCAUCAGGAGAACUCGGUCCCGGGAAAAAUUUACUUUAGCGUCUGAAACGGAGGAAAAGGAUUGCUCUCGGACUAAAAGUACAGCUGAGGAAACAACACUGGAGACAACCCGACCUUUCUCUUAUCUCACAGGAAGAACGCUUCCAACUUCUAGUGAGCAGAUUGAGGAUGGGGGCAUACAGUUCAUUGAGUACCACAGCAGGGGGAAGGUCAAGGUAAUGGAGGUACCCCUCUGUCCAACAAAACUGUCUACCAAACCUGUUCAGGAAGAACCAAGCAUAUGGCAACUUAUAACAAACCGUUUCAGGAGGAAAGAGCAGCCACUCAUUGGCUCUGAAUCCGAGCAGCCCCAGAGCAACAACACCAGCCAGUCUCCCCUAGCCAGGAAUAAUAAGUCACUGCCAGUCGCUAUAGAGACUCACCCAGGCAUUGACUCCCACAAAGGUCAAGAUUCUUUUGUCAACAGCCAGGAAUGGACAUUGAGUCGGUCAGUGCCAGAGCUGAAAGUGGGCAUUGUGGGAAAUCUCUCCAGUGGGAAGUCUGCCUUGGUCCACCGGUACUUGACAGGCACAUAUGUGCAGGAGGAGUCUCCUGAAGGUGGACGGUUCAAGAAAGAAAUAGUGGUGGAUGGACAGAGCUACCUACUUCUGAUCAGAGAUGAGGGAGGGCCUCCAGAAUGGCAGUUCGCUGCCUGGGUGGACGCGGUGGUUUUCGUCUUCAGCCUGGAGGAUGAGAUCAGCUUCCAGACGGUCUACAAUUACUUCGUGCGCCUAUCCAACUACAGGAACACAGCUGAGGUCCCCAUGGUCCUCGUUGGAACACAAGAUGCAAUCAGCGCCGCAAACCCCAGAGUGAUAGACGACUCACGGGCCAGAAAGCUGUCAAACGACCUGAAGCGGUGCACAUAUUAUGAGACCUGCUCCACCUAUGGCCUGAAUGUGGAGAGAGUCUUCCAGGACGUUGCCCAGAAGGUUGUGGCCAUGAGGAAAAAGCAGCAGCUCUCAAUUGGUCCAUGCAAAUCUCUCCCUAACUCUCCCAGCCACUCCUCAGUCCCCGCUGCAUCUAUACCCUCCGUUCAUAUUAACCAGGCGGCAAAUGGUGGGGGUGCGUUCAGCGACUACUCCUCCUCUGUUCCCUCCACCCCCAGCAUAAGUCAGAGGGAGAUGCGCAUUGAGACCAUCGCUGCCUCGAACACGCCCACGCCCAUCCGCAAACAGUCAAAGCGCCGCUCCAACAUUUUCACAUCACGGAAAGCCAGUGAGCAAUCAAAGAGCGUUGACAGUAAAACAGACAGCAUAGGCAGUGGAAGGGCCAUACCUAUCAAACAGGGAAUCCUUCUGAAGCGGAGUGGCAAAUCCCUCAACAAGGAGUGGAAAAAGAAAUAUGUCACACUGUGUGAUAAUGGCGUCCUUACUUACCACCCCAGUUUACAUGACUACAUGCAAAAUGUGCAUGGGAAAGAGAUCGACCUUCUGAGGACAACUGUCAAGAUUCCCGGAAAGCGACCACCUAGAGCGGUAGCUACUGUCGCCCCCACUGCUAGUCCAAAAACGAAUGGGCUGACCAAGGACCGCAGCACCUUGCAACUGGGCAUAGGAAACACAGGUGCCCCUCACUCCAACAGCAGUUCCUCCCUCCAGACAGGCGGGUCUGUGUUUGGCAGCAGUAAAGAUGGCAUGCACCAACGCUCCUUCUCUGUGUCCAGCGCCGACCAGUGGAAUGAAGCCAUCAACACCAGUACAAGCAGCGGAGCCCCCAAUGGAAUGAGUGAUCCUGCAAAUUCCAGUGUGGGCAGCGCCACGAGUCCUAAACUUGAGCCACCUCCUUCUCCGCACGCCAACCGCAAGAAACACAGGCGGAAAAAGAGCACGGGCAUCACCAAGCCAGACGGCUUAUCGGCAGGCAAUGAAGAGCAAGAAGAUUCCUUUGAGUUCGUCAUUGUGUCGCUGACGGGUCAGACAUGGAACUUUGAAGCCUCUACGUACGAGGAGAGGGAACUGUGGGUCCAAGCCAUUGAGAGCCAGAUCUUUGCCAGUCUGCAGUGCUGUGAGAGCAUCAAGAACAAGUCUCGGUUAGGAAGCCAGAGUGACGCAAUGGCCAUUCAGUCCAUACGAAACGUGAGGGGGAACAGCUUCUGUGUGGACUGUGAUGCUCCCAACCCAGACUGGGCCAGUCUGAACCUGGGCGCCUUGAUGUGCAUCGAGUGCUCUGGGAUACACAGAAACUUGGGCACCCACUUAUCCCGUGUCCGCUCCCUGGACCUGGACGACUGGCCAGUGGAGCUCAGCAUGGUGAUGACAGCCAUAGGUAAUGCCAUGGCCAACAGCGUGUGGGAGGGCGCUUUGGAGAACUACAACAAGCCAGGAAACGACAGCACCAGGGAGGAGAAGGAGCGCUGGAUCCGAGCCAAGUACGAGCAGAAGCUGUUCCUGGUGGGACUGCCCCAGUCCGACGUGCCCCUGGGGCAGCAGCUGCUUCGGGCGGUGGUGGAGGACGACCUGAGGUUGGUGGUGGUGCUGCUGGCCCACGGCACCAAGGAGGAGGUUAACGAGACCUACGGGGAUGGAGACGGACGCACUGCUCUGCACCUCUCAUGCGCAAUGGCCAACGUGGUCAUCACACAGCUGCUCAUCUGGUACGGAGUGGAUGUGAAGAGCCGGGAUGCUCGGGGUCAGACUACGCUGUCCUAUGCUCGGCGAGCCGGCAGUCAGGAGUGCGCCGACAUCUUACUCCAGCACGGCUGUCCCAACGAUACAAGCAGCCUGACGUCCGUGCCCACGCCCAACAUGAGCCGCCGCAACCCAAACCCAAACAUCAACAACAACAACGCCCAGUGUGAGCUCAACCGCAGCAUCAGCAUCAUGUAGGAGCAGGAGAGCAGCCUCAGAUACAAAAAUAAACUUCCCCCUGUCUAUUCCCAGUACUUCCUCCUCUGUUCCACACUGUGUAACCCAGAAUCAGUACCAAUAUAGAGAUGUCAGGAGUGAUGGACACAUUGUUUAUAUUCCACUACACCAAAAAAAAAGGUGACGUGUUGAGUUCGGACAUUGUACAUUUUAUUGUUUUAUAUCUGUUUUUAUGUGUUAAAUCUUUGUGUGUUUUUGUGUUCAUUCAGUCUUGGUCUGAAACGAUCAUGAUCAGCUUUAAGCUUUUUGUUUUUUAAGCCUCAACCAAACAAAUGACUCACUUUCAUACCUACCCCUACGAAAAGGCAUUUCCUUAAUGCUUUGAACAUUUCCUUUUUAUGUCUUCCCCGUCUGCGACAUGAACAGAGUUUAUAAUGAGCGUGAAUGAAAAACUUCUUUUAAAUUUCUAUGCCGGAGCGUAAUAACAUAAAAGCUGUGAGGAAUAGUUUUGCAAGUGACAAAACAAUGAUGUGGGAAAGAAAGUAAAUCUUCCAUGAUGUCAGCUGCCGUUACAGCUUUAGUAAUGAUGCAUGUCUUCAACACAGCUAUCAAACUCUUGACAUACUAUCUGUAUACAAAGGCAAAGCAAUUAUACUUGAAGAGGCCAAAUGAUUUAGAUACUUAAUUCACAGGAAAAUGGGUUCAGAACAUCAUAAAGGAGUUGAUUGCAGAAUUCCUGUCUGGUAAAAGUGAGUCAUUUCCUUCGCUACCCUUAUCGUGAUCCUCCUGCAAAAGUGUCCGUGACUAUAGAGGAAUUAAGAGUCCUAAUGUUUUAUGGCCGUCGAGCCACAGAGCUUUGUAAUGGUGCCUCUUCAAUCAGAAUUCAUUCAAAUUCAGAGGUUUGAUUGAAACUGUGAAAUUGUACCAUUAUGAUGUCUUUGUUUGAGUAAUUUUCCGAUUGACGAGAUAGUCUUGAUAAUUGUUUGAGGUACAUUAGCACAGUUUCAAACCAUAAACCGUACUGGAAAAUCCUUUAUUAAAAUGGUACUCCAGAGAGCAUUUUACUCUUUUUGUUGCUGUGAAUUACAUAUACAGUGUGUGCAUCCAUAGAUAACUGUACGAUACGUAUGUGCGUGCGUCUGUAACUGUGUGCAUAGAGAUCAACUUGGGAUUUGUGUUCAUAAACGUCGGAGAAAGGACACUGGAGAGGAGAAAUUUGAGGACAUAACUGUGUUUUAAUGUACAGACCUCUGUAAAAAAGUAGUUCUUGUUCCCUCACCUUAAUCCUUACAUGAAAAGUAGUUUUAAAUGAACUAACUCUGACAUUAAGGGUGAAAAAACGUAAAACUACAUGACCUCCCCUGUCCUGAAAACCUGUCAGACUAAAAGCAGGGCACUAACAAACAGAGUUCAGGUGACUGAAAAAGAAGAAGAAGCAACAUUUAGGGAAUCAAAUAAGCAAGGAGUGUUAUCGAGGGAACUAUCUUUGGCGUGACUUUGCUUUAAUACAAAUAUACAGUAUUCCACAGUCAUGAUAAGCCAACAGAUUUGUAUAGUAAAUAGGACUUUAGCGAAGAAAAUAAUUCAGGUGGAGUUGGCACUAUGUCCACAGUGUAUUUUCCCUUUUGUUCAACUGCCAUUAUUGAGCUUCUAAAUGUCUUGAUUUUAUGGGUUUACAAAGGCAGGAUGUAUGUUUACAGAGCAAGUUUUAAACUUGGUACCUUUUAUUCUGAUGUUUCUUUACAGUAUUUCUGUUUCCAUAGCCCAUGGUGGAUGAACUUGUGGUUAAAAGAGAAUGUUUAUGAAGCCAGGGGAUAGCUAUAUCGUCAAGAAUUGUCAGAAUUUUCUUUCUUGAUCAAGACCAUUCUUAUAUCUGUGCAUUACAGAUAGAGAGCAGGUGGUAAGGCUAACGUAGCAAACCGUUAGCAUGACUUAGCAAAAUGUAACAUGAAACUCCUUGUAAAUGUACACAUUUUCUUUUGGCAUCUUUGUUUGUUUAGAAAAUCAAACAAAAGGGAUAUGUAUGUUUAAAAAAAGCGAAAGAAAGGCUAACUGUGUCACCCUGUUUCUAGUCGUUACGCUAGCCAAACUAAGCUAACUGCCUCCUCGCUCUACCGCCGUUUUUGAUGCACGGCCAUGAGAGAGUUUUCUUUCUUCUCCUCUAUCAGGAAGAAAGCUAAUAUAAAUAUUUUCAAAAAUAACUAAAACUUAUUUUCAGCCACAAAUUCAACCAUGUUAGCUUAUGUUUACUCGUACUGUACAGUGGUACUGGCCUUAUUUCUGACUUCUACUUGACCAACAUUUCAGUGUCCACCUGGAUAACUGAGAGGAAUUCAAUGUGUAUAGUGAUUACCUGAACGCUUAUUUACAUACUGUAGAUGCUGAAGAAACAUUAGAAACCUGCCUGUUUCCCCCCCAAUAGAAACAUGAAGUGUACAUAUUAGCUUUAUGCUUUUAUCUGAAGACGAUCUCCUCCUAGAGAAACAAACUAAACUGGUUUUAGGUCAACAGUCCCUUUGACCCCAUGAACCAUAUUUUGUUACUUUUGAUCUUCAGGCGUAUUUUUACUCUCAGUUUGAUCUCGACACUAACUGACCAUCUUUGGUACUUGUGUAUAAUGAUGUACAUUUGACAUAUUUAUAAUGCAGUAUGUAAAUAUAUUUUUGUUUUAUGGUUUUUUCUUUUGUUCAACUUAAUUUUCCUAUUGUAAUUCCUUUUUACGUUCAGAACGUGAAACAAAGCAAAAGCUAAAGAGUAACUUGUUGUAUGCUUGGAUGCUUGGCUGACUGUUGACCUAUUAAUAAACACUCAAAUAAAAUGAUGUAGCCUUUCCCUGCGUUUAGGGGAAUCAGCA